CCAGUUCCUAUACCAAAAAGGGCCCACGGUCCAUCCCUCACACAAAAACAUUUCCUCCCCCCAAAAAACUUCUACUCUUUGCUACAAUGCGCCGGUGACUCCGCCACUACCAUUUCCUCCUCCGACCGCUCUCCGCCACCUUCGGAUGUCUGCUAAAGUGCGCCGAGUGCGCAACACUCUCCAGGUACAUUUCCACUCUCAAACCCUAAACCCUCUCAAUCUAACUCAUUCCCCUAAAACCCUAAACCCUAAACCCUCACAUUUCACUUCUUCUUCUUCUUCUUCUUCUUCCAAUUCUCAAAAUUUCGAUUUCCUCGAGCAAUUUUUGCCUCACAGUAACGCUUCAAAUCAUUCAUGUAGCUCUAGCUCUAGCUUUAGAUUUAGCCCCAUUGUUGUUAAUUCAAACGAGCGGCGAAGAAUCGCAGUUGGGUUAUCGAAAGCGAUCAAAUCCCAAAUGGGAUUUCUAUUGAAAGCGUUUUCGAAGCGGUUUUGCCCAGUUUCCUUAGUCAAGGUGAUGAAGCUGUUUGGGACCCGAGAAACCGGUUUCGCGUUCUUCAAGCUCGCGUUUCGGGACGGUUCCGACGAGGUCGUCCGGAAGUGUUGUGUUGCCGCGCAUAUUUUAGCGGCGGAGAAUCUCCGGUUCCUCGCGCAGGACGUGGUUUCGUGCGUCAUUGCGAGGAUUGGGUCGGGUAGGAGUGAAGGGGUUGUGGAGUUUAUGUGGAGGAAUCACCGUGAGUACGAGUCGGGUUUCUCGGUGCUCGAUACGCUAAUGCGGGGUUUUGUGAAUGUGGAGAUGAGUAAUGAGGCGAUUGUGGUUGUUGGUAGGAUGAGGGAGGUGGGUUUGAGGCCGAGUUUGUCGGCCAUUACAAUGCUUUUCAAGUUGUUGCUUAGAGUUGGUGAUUAUGGUAGUGUGUGGAAGUUGUUUAGGGAUAUGGUUCGGAGAGGGCCUUGUCCUUGUAGUUAUACAUUCAAUGUUAUGGUUCUCGGGUUUUGUAGAAAAGGGUUGGUUAGAAUUGGAGAGAGUUUGUUACAUGUGAUGUGGAAAUUUCAUUGCAAGCCGGAUGUUUUUACGUAUAACAUUGUGAUCAAUGCGUAUUGUAUGAGGGGACAGACGUCUAAUGCACUUAAUUGGGUGCAUUUGAUGAUUUCGAGGGGUUGUAAACCGAAUGUUGUUACGUUUAAUACGGUGUUACAUGCCUUGUGUAAGGAGGGAAACAUGGUGCAAGCGAGAAAGCUCUUUGAUGGAAUUCAUGAUAUGGGUGUCUAUCCAGAUGUCACAAUGUUUAACACCUUGAUGGAUGGGUAUAUUAAGGCAAGGGACACUGCUCAAGCAAACAUGCUUUAUGAAGAAAUGAGGAAUAAAGGUGUAUCUCCUGAUGGGAUAACCUUUAAUAUUUUGGUUGCAGGUCAUUACAGGUUUGGAAGGGAAGAGGAUGGUGAUAGGUUGUUAAGGGAUGUAUCUAUAUCGGGAUUGUUCCCGGAUUCUUCACUCUAUGAUAUUUCAGUUGCAGGGCUGUGUUGGGCAGGUCGGUUUGAUGAGGCCAUGGAGUUUUUAGAAAAUAUGCUUGAGAAAGGAAUUCCUCCUAGUGUGGUUGCUUUUAACUCAAUUAUUGCAGCUUAUAGCAGGGCUGGUUUAGAAGUAAAGGCCUAUGAGGCGUAUAGAAUUCUGGUUAGAUUUGGUUUAACUCCUUCAUCUUCCACAUGUAGUUCUUUGCUUAUGGGUUUAUCCCAAAAGGGGAGCCUGCAAGAAGCCAGAGAACUAUUGUAUAAUAUGAUAGAGAAUGGUUUUCCCAUCAAUAAAGUGGCAUACACGGUACUUUUGGAUGGAUAUUCCAAGAUAGGGGAUCUGGAAGGGGCUCAAAAUCUGUGGAAUGAGAUGGCACUGAGAGGGGUAUCUCCUGAUGCUGUUGCCUAUUCAGCCUUUAUAGAUGGACUUUCAAAAGCAGGUCUGGUGGAGGAGGCAUAUGAUUUGUUUUUAGAAAUGUCAAGAAAAGGCUUUGUGCCAAAUAAUUUUGCAUAUAAUUCUUUGAUUGGUGGGUUUUGUAACCAUGGGAAACUGAGUGAAGCAUUGAAAUUGGAAAGAGAGAUGAGGCAAAAGGGACUCCUUCCAGAUAUGUUUACCACCAAUAUGAUCCUUAAUGGAUUUUGUAAACAGGGUAGAAUGAAGGCAGCAAUUGAUCUCUUUAUGGACAUGCAGCAGACUGGGUUGAGCCCUGAUAUUGUCACAUAUAACACUUUGAUUGGUGGUUGUUGUAAAGCAUUUGACAUGGUUACCGCAGAUGAGUUUGUGAAUAAAAUGUAUGCCAGUGGUUGGGACCCAGAUAUUACAACUUACAAUAUUCGCAUUCAUGGUUUCUGCAGCAGUCGAAAAAUGAAUCGAGCUGUGAUGAUGUUGGAUGAACUUGUUUCAGCAGGUAUUGUUCCAAAUACAGUAACAUACAACACUAUGCUUAAUGGUGUUUGUAGUGAUAUACUGGAACGAGCCAUGAUUUUAACUGCAAAAUUGCUAAAGAUGGCUUUUGUUCCGAAUGUAGUUACAACCAAUGUGGUGUUGUCUCAGUUUUGCAAGCAGGGGAUGCCUGAGAGGGCUUUAAUGUGGUGUCAGAAGUUGAGUGAGAUCUCCUUUGAUUUUGAUGAAAUUACAUAUAGAAUAAUGGACAGAGCCUACCGUGAUAUAGAAGAAGAUGCUGAACUUUUUAGAGGAGAAUCUGCAAAGAGCCUUUUUCUGGACUUCCUCAUGUACAUCACAUAUGAUUUUAUGUAUAGAUAUAGACCUCAAAGAGAACCAAAUCAGAAUACCCUUGAAUCAAUUGAAAGUGCUUUUGGUGGAUCCUGAAAGUUGACUGAAAAGAUAGCAGUUCAAUUCUUGAGAACAGAAUCUCAUUUGAUAAGUCUAAUUUGGUCUGAUUUGAAUGGGAAAAAAGAGGGCUCUAUCAGCGUGGAACCAUAAAUGAAUUAUAAUGUCUUAGCUAGGUCCUUGGAGCUGAUAAAUGGUGAUGGGCUUGAGUUUGUUCUUUAUCAAGUGUUGCUGACUUUCCAGCAAUGAAUGUUACUGCUGAAUUAUUCCUUUCAGGUAACAUGAUGGUAUUGUUUUGGACCGGCAAACAUUAAACUAAUAUUGUACUUACAUUUCUUUGCAUGAUUUACUGUAGUUAUUUUGGGGCCUGAGGGCUGAGGGGGUUUAUUAUGUGAAGUUUUUAAUUUUUUUUAUUGAAGUGGUGCAGGUUGGCAGAGUUGUGUGCAUGAGUCAACUCUUAUACCUUAUAUUGGGAUGGAGAUGAAGAGCCUCUCAGCCUUGGCUUAGGUGGUACAAGUGUGGAGUUUGGUCAGGUUAGGUUAAGCCUUAGUUGAACUUUUGCCAGGCAAAUACAGCGACAGGGGUUGUAGUCUUAUCAUCAAGAUAUGAGUCAACUCUCAUACCUUAUAUUGGGAUGGAGAUGAAGAGCCUCUCAGCCUUGGCUUAGGUGGUACAAGUGUGGAGUUGAUCAGGUUAGGUUAAGCCUUAGUUGAACUUUUGCCAGGCAAAUACAGCGACGGGGAUGGAGAUGGAGGGUACAUACACUAGAAGUCGAAAGUGAAAUUUUCUCAAUCCCAAUUUUCAUGUCUUUUGGUGGAGAAUAUAGAUAGAAAUAUAAUCACUUUGAAUUAUAAACACUUGUGUGUCGACUUUUUCAACAAGAAAAUAAAUGAUAAUUUUUCUUAUUA